AUGUCCCUGCACAGCGAUACUUCCGAAGAUUUAUCGCGCAACUCUACCGAGAUGGGACUGCCUCCGAUCAAUUUUGUCGAUGACAAAUAUCCCUACUGCAUCGUCUGGACACCGAUCCCGGUUCUGACUUGGUUUUUCCCGUUUAUCGGUCACAUGGGUAUCGCUAUGUCGAACGGCGUUAUACGCGACUUUGCCGGACCAUAUUUCGUUUCCGAGGACAAUAUGGGCUUCGGACGACCAACGCGGUAUUUGCGCCUUCAUCCGGCGCACGCCUUCGGAGGAUCACAGAACUGGGACGAAUCGGUAAUCAAGGCGUCGGCCACGUACAGUGCGAGAAUGCAUAACCUGUUUUGCGACAACUGCCACUCGCACGUCGGAAUGGCAUUGGCGCUGAUGCGAUACAAGGAGUACAGCAACUGGAACAUGGUGGUGCUUGCAUUCUGGAUGUUUUUCAGAGGAAAGUACGUAGGCGUACGAGGAUUCAUCAAAACCUGGUUACCGUUUCUGAUCAUACUGACGAUUUGCGCGCUGGUCGCAAUGUACUCCAAGUGGACUAUCUAGUAAGUACAUUCGUAGAAAGAAAAGUCUGAUCGAUGCCCAACAUAUUACAUUUCAUUCCUUGGGAUCGUUUCUUUUCACCCCCGCCCGGAGGCUGAUAACUAAUUCAUUAGACAUAGGUGUACUGGAUGUGUAAAUCAAAUGAAUAUACGAAACCCAUUUACGACUCCUGCCAAACCACGCAGGAAAGCAGUAAUUUAUUAACAAAACAAGAAGUUUACAACGG